CGACAGAGAACAUAAGCAUGAACUGCAGGGUUCAGCGGUAGCUAUGACCUAAUAAUGCGAGCUGAAUCUGACAGGCCUUUUAUGUUAUGGUAUAUUUUUUUAUAUAUUUAUAUUUUUAUUUUAUUGGAACAUCGGCUCUUUAUUUUUCACUGUUAAUAUGGACAGGAGUGAUAAAACGUUGUAUGAAAUGGUUCAGAAGGCGGCAUCUCUGCACAGUACUAGAAUCGCUGUCAGUUUUGACAGCUGCACCGAAACGGGAACCACAUCGCGUACGUACAACGAGCUUCUUUCAUUAGCGAAUGAAUUAAGCAGUCGACUGAAGGAGCACAGCCACCAAAGCGGGCUGAUAUGUGGCUUAUACUGUCACCCAGGAAUCAACCUUCCGAACUGGAUUCUAGGAAUCUUACAGCUCCCAGCCGCCUAUGCUCCCCUGGAUCCAGACUCGCCCCCGUAUCUGUGCGUCCGGCUGAUGGAGCGGUGUCGGCUGAGAUGCGUUGUGGUACAAAGCGAUCUGAUACAGAGAUUCCACACAGCCUUUUCCCCACACCUGCCUGUCGAAGUGUGUGCGGUGUGGCACAGUCAGGGACUCACGCUGGUGAAGGUACAGCCCAACAAUGAGAGACAGACAGAGCGGCAGGACGAGGGGAGAUCUCAGACAGAGUGGCAGGACGAGGGGAGAUCUCAGACAGAGCGGCAGGACGAGGGGAGAUCUCAGACAGAGUGGCAGGACGAGGGGAGAUCUCAGACAGAGCGGCAGGACGAGGGGAGAUCUCAGACAGAGCGGCAGGACGAGGGGAGCUCUGUGAGGUGUAAGAAGGACCUACAGGGGCAGCAGGGUGAGAGGCCCUGGCUCAGCCCAGCCAGUCUGGGUUCGCUGGCCUACGUGCUGCACACCUCUGGAACCACCGGCCUGCCCAAGACCGUUCGAGUGCCACACCACUGCAUUGUGCCCAACAUCCUGCACCUCAGAUCUCUGUUCCAGGUGACUGCAGAGGAUGUCGUGUUUAUGGCAUCUCCUCUGACCUUCGACCCCUCUGUCGUGGAGAUGUUUUUGUCUCUGUCAUCAGGGGCGUGUCUUCUGAUUGUUCCCACGGUGAUCAAAAAGGUCCCUGAUAGGCUGGUUCAGGUUCUGUUCAAACGCCACAGGAUAACGGUUUUACAGGCCACACCCACUCUUCUGGGGCGCUUUGGGGGACGUGCACUGCGGAGGGUGGUGCUGAGUGCUGCCUCCCCCCUGCGGGUCCUGGCCCUGGGGGGCGAGGCCUGCCCCCCCCUGUCUGUGCUGCGGAGCUGGAGGGGCGAGGGGAACUCCACCCAAUUCUUUAACCUGUACGGCACCACAGAGGUCUCCUGCUGGGCAACCUGCCACCAACUUCACUUGGACAACCUCAGUGGGGAGGCCGUGCCACUGGGGUCGGCGCUGAUGGGCACUGCGGUGGAAGUGCGAGAUGAAGACGGCCAGGUGGUCACGCAGGGGGAGGGCCAGCUGUUCAUAGGGGGGCGGGACCGGGUGUGUUUCCUUGGGGACGAGGUUGCCGUGGCGCAGGGGACCAUGCGGAGCACAGGUGACUGGGUGGAGGUGAAGGAUGCGCACCUGUAUUACCUGGGGCGCAGGGACCGGCUGGUGAAACGGCAUGGGCAGCGGCUGCACCUGGACGGGCUGCAGCAGGUGCUGCAGUCUCUGCCGCAGGUGGAGGUGUGUGCUGUGGCUCUCUGGGAGGGGCAGAGUCUGGUUGCCUUUGUGGUGCCCUCCUCUUCUGAAAGCCCCGCCCCUUCCACUGGAGAGCUACAGAGGGGGAUCUUGGGAGAGCUGUCCCAGCUUCUGCCCUCCUACAAUAUCCCAGAAUCCAUCAUACUGCUCCCAGGCCUCCCGCUCACCUCCCACGGGAAGGUGAACAUGGCUGCCCUACUGCAAGUGUAUGAGAAGCAGAGAGCUGUGCCGAUGUCCCAUGAUGCCCUGGGAGACAGGGACACCCUGACGGACCACCUGCAGAGGCUCUGGAGGGAGGCGCUGUCCCUGAGUGAUGAUGCGUUGGUCGCUAUGGAUUCUCAUUUCCUGUUGAGCGGAGGAGACUCGCUCCGCUCUCUGCGUCUCUGUGAUGACAUCAUUGCCUCUGUGGGCGGGGCUCAGCCGGGCCUGUUGGAGGUCAUCCUCAGCCGCUCAUUUGCUGACCUGCUGAGUCACGUCGCCACGGCAAUGCUUCCACAGGCAAAGAGAAAACCACAGGAUCCUCUCCCGCCAACGCACACCAAGAGAAAACAACCAGACAGUCUCUCUCCACCAAAUGAGAAGAGCUUUAAACAACCAGACAGUCUCUCUCCACCAAGUGAGAAGAGCUUUAAACAACCAGACAGUCUCUCUCCACCAAGUGAGAAGAGCUUUAAUCAACCAGACAGUCUCUCUCCAUCAUGCAAGAAGAGGCUUAAACAGCAGGAUGGUCUCUCUCCACCAUGUCAGAACAGGCUGGUUAGAUGGACAGUGGUGAGGAGAGGAGGAGAGGUCAGAGAGCUUCUCUCCCAGGAACACAACCCGCCACUCAACACAGCCAAUGAGAGAGCAGACCACACCCACUCACACACUGCAGGGCCCAAUGAGAGAGCAGACCACCCCCACUCACACACUGCAAGGCCCAAUGAGAGAGCAGACCACCCCCACUCACACACUGCAGGGCCCAAUGAGAGAGCAGACCACCCCCACUCACACACUGCAAGGCCCAAUGAGAGAGCAGACCACCCCCACUCACACACUGCAAGGCCCAAUGAGAGAGCAGACCACCCCCACUCACACACUGCAGGGCCCAAUGAGAGAGCAGACCACCCCCACUCACACACUGCAGGGCCCAAUGAGAGAGCAGACCACCCCCACUCACACACUGCAGGGCCCAAUGAGAGAGCAGACCACACCCACUCACACACUGCAGGGCCCAAUGAGAGAGCAGACCACACCCACUCACACACUGCAGGGCCCAAUGAGAGAGCAGACCACACCCACUCACACACUGCAGGGCCCAAUGAGAGAGCAGACCACACCCACUCACACACUGCAGGGCCCAAUGAGAGAGCAGACCACACCCACUCACACACUGCAGGGCCCAAUGAGAGAGCAGACCACACCCACUCACACACUGCAGGGCCCAAUGAGAGAGCAGACCACACCCACUCACACACUGCAGGGCCCAAUGAGAGAGCAGACCACACCCACUCACACACUGCAGGGCCCAAUGAGAGAGCAGACCACACCCACUCACACACUGCAGGGCCCAAUGAGAGAGCAGACCACACCCACUCACACACUGCAGGGCCCAAUGAGAGAGCAGACCACACCCACUCACACACUGCAGGGCCCAAUGAGAGAGCAGACCACACCCACUCACACACUGCAGGGCCCAAUGAGAGAGCAGACCACACCCACUCACACACUGCAGGGCCCAAUGAGAGAGCAGCUGAUGGCAGGCCGGGCGGGGCUACGCUGGCGAUGCGUGUGCGAUGGCGGUCGGACACGGGCAGGUGUGUGGAUGCCUCUCCUGUGCUGUUGGUGAGCCAGUGGGGAGGGGGCGUGGCCUACGUGGGCUCCCACUCCCACAGACUGCAGGCUGUGGCCCUGGCGGGGGGGCAGCUGCUCUGGGAACGGGUCCUGGGGGGCCGGCUGGAGGCUGCCGCUGCCAUUACGCGCUGUGGAUCCCUCAUCGCCAUUGGGUGCUAUGACUGGCAGGUGUAUUUCCUCUCCCGGGAGACGGGGCAGACGUGCUGGGUGUUUGGGACCAGAGACGUGGUGAAGAGCAGCCCAGCAGUCGACAUGCUGACCGGUCUGGUCCUGGUGGGGUCACACGACGGACACAUUUACGCCCUGGACCCAGAGGCCCAGCGCUGUGUGUGGAGUCGGUCCUGCGGGGGCGGGGCCAUAUUCUCCUCCCCCUGCCUGCACCCGUCUCUCCGGCAGCUCUACGUGGCUACACUGAGAGGAGAGCUGCUCUGCCUCAACCCCGAGAGUGGCGCCCUCCUGUGGAAACACUCCAGCGCUGCACCCUUCUUCUCCUCUCCGUGCUGCUCUGGGACCACCCUGUGCAUUGGCUCUGUGGACCAUAACAUACACGGCUUCAGCCACAGAGGAGAUCUGUUGUGGCGGUUUCCUACUGACGGGCCAGUCUUCUCAUCUCCUUGUGGCAUGCCUGCCUCUCUGGCCAAUCAGAAUGUGUUCUGUGGGUCACAUGACGGAAGCGUGUACUGCCUGAGGCUGUGCGAUGGUGCCCUGGUGUGGCGGUUUCGGGCGGGGGCCAAGGUGUACUCUUCUCCCUUCCUGUUCCACAGCGAGGGCGGGGCCCUGGUCGCCGUGGCAACUACUGAUGGAAAGCUGUGGAUUCUGGGAGCAGAGGACGGGACGCCCCGGGCCUCUCUGUCCCUCCCGGGGGAGAUCUUCUCCUCUCCAGUUCUGUGGGAGCGCAUCCUAGUGGUGGGAUGCCGCAAUGACUUUGUGUACGGCAUUGAACUGACCUCUUCCUAAGAGAAGGCCAGACUUUUAACUUCUUAGAUAUGUGUUUAAAUAAAAAUAAAGAUUAAACAUUUAA